UGUUUUUGUUUACCUCCAUCAGCUGUUGUUGACAAAAUAGUCAAUGAGAGGGUUCUGUCAGAAAUAACCUAAAUAAACACAUUUCUGAUGCCGGGGAAACUACUGAGGGAAAAUGUCAAUACAGUGCGGUGAAUUGUGUGCAGUAAUUAUUAAACAAUACUUUGGAGAAAAUGCCCAGAAAGUGGCAGAUCUAUUAUUCUCUUCUGGAUCGCGGAACUUGUCGUCGCUCGUCAAAGCUACAAAUUUAACCAAGGCACAGGUGUCUAUGGUACUGGCUGUCCUCAUAAAAUUCCAGCUUGUUACAUUUGAGCCAUCGUUUAGCAAUGAAAAUAUCCCGGAAUAUUCUAUCAAAAAGGAGGCAGUCCUACAAAUGCUUCGUUAUCCUAGAUACGUCCAUUUAAUGCAUACGAAAUACGGAACAGUCGGCUCCACGCUCACAGAAGAACUUCUCCGAUCUGGGUCGCAAACAGCCUCGCAAGUUAUAUUGAAAUGUUUCUCAAGCGCCGAAAACAAGGAUACAAUGGCAGCUUAUCGCGACACUUUCGUUCAAAUGGUUCGUGACAACUACUUGAUUCGCUGUCCAAUGCCGAGAAUAACCGAGUCUCCGGUCAUUAUUCCUGUUUUAGAAAUUGAACAGCAUCUGCUGUUCCGGCCACCCGAUUUGGAUUUGGGUAAACUUCAGAAAUUGCAGUCUGGGGCUACAACUGAAGUACCCGAUGGAGAUUCUUACUGGCGGGUGAAUUUCGAUAGACUUCAUCAGGAUUUUCGCGAUAAUAUUAUGACCACAGCAGUUGAAAGAAAAAUGGGAGCAAGCGCUGCGGAGUGCUUCAAGUACAUAUUGCAGCAAAUGUAUGAGAAGACAGACGCAUGGCAGAAGGACUAUUCCAAUCCAAUUACUUUCAUUGAAGUAAAACAAGCCAUCGAGAAAAAGUCGAAUAAUCUAGAACUGAUGAAAAAUUUGGAUCAGUAUAUAACAUUGAUUGCGGAAGACAACAUAGGAUUUAUCCGGAAAAUAGGUGAGACUGGCGGCGGGCAAUAUGUUGUUGAAAUGAAAAAAGUUUUCGAUGAACUCUCACAAGUUUGCACUGAAAAUAUUAUUACUGAAAAAUUUGGUUCGAAAGCGUCACGAAUAUUCCGCGUAAUUCGAAGUAAAAGGUUCAUUGAGCAAGAAGACAUACAAAAAGAGGCAAUGGUGCCGUCGAAGGAAGCGAAACUGUUGACUUAUAAGCUGUUCGAAGAACAAUUCAUUCAAAUAAAAACAAUUAGGAAAGCUGGUGGUGGAGGCAGUGGUCCUGCGAAAUCAUUCUUCCUGUUUACGAUUAAUGAAAAGCAGAUAGUAAGAAUGCUUUUGGACAUGAGUUACAAGGCUCUGUUCAACGCUAUAUCACGCUCGUCCUACGAAAAACGGGAUAAUAAAAGACUCAUCGAUAAAUCUCAAAAGCUGGACAGUAUAGUGGAAGCUAUGAAAGAACGAGGAGAAUCGGAAGAAUAUAUAGCUGAGAUUCUAGAAACUCUUACCCCACCUGAACGCGAAGUGCUGGAAAAAGUGAAAGCGCGGAUCAAGACCCUAUCAAGCGCCGAACUGGCUAUUGACGACACACUGUUCCUAUUUCAGAUGCAUCAAUAUUACAAUUCCUCGUGAUGUUGACUAUUUUUAUAACGAAAAACAAAUACAAAUCCAAGAAAAA